UAACCAGCUGGCAGCGGCAGGUCUAAUAUGUUUAAAAACUAAACACACGUAAAGCUUUAAAAAUGCGCAACAAGAACGGACAAAUAGACUACUGAAAUGGUCUAUUAAUGUUUGCCUAAAACAAAUAGCAUUAACAAUCAGCCAGAUGUAAAACCAGACAUUUUUAAAAGCCCAAAGCCGCUGACGCCGUUGACGGUUAUUUUUUGUUGUUGUGGUUUGAUCUUUUUUUCAUACUUCUUUUUUUGUUGUUGUUCAAUGCUUUGAUAACUAUUGCUUGUUCAAGUGCGACCGCGACCCCGUUAUCUGAGGAGAAAAACCAGAUAAACCUGUUCCCUGGAACUGCGAGAAGUGAAAGUGUAAAGACGCGCCUCCAGCUCCAGCUUUAGGCCAAAAAUGUUCUCACAUUCUGGACAUGUUAUGACUUUGGCCAAUAGCAUCAUUGGUGUUGGCAUCUUGGCCAUGCCAUUUUGUUUUCAAAAAUGCGGCAUCAUACUAUCCAUACUCCUUCUCAUUUUAAGCAAUGGCAUAACGCGAAUAUGCUGUCAUUAUCUGAUAAAAACUUCACUAUUGACACGUCGCAAAAGUUUUGAACUCUUGGGUCUGCACGCAUUCGGCACGUCAGGCAAACUGCUUGUGGAGUUAUGCAUCAUUGGCUAUCUAAUUGGAACAUGCAUUACCUAUUUCGUGGUCGUUGGUGAUUUGGGUCCACAAAUUGUGGCUAAAAUCUUCAACAUUGAUGCUGAUUCACCGCGUCUCCAAACUUCACACCUACGUAUUGGUGUCAUGCUGGUGAUAACUCUAAUUUGCAUAUUACCGCUGGGCAUGCUUCGCAAUGUGGAUAGUCUGUCCGCUGUGUGCACAGCGUCCAUAGGAUUUUAUCUUUGCCUAAUGCUGAAAAUUGUUCUCGAAUCGGAGACACAUAUAUCGGCCAAUGAUUGGACGAGCAAGGUCCUUUACUGGGAACCAUCGGGUGUUCUACAAUGUUUGCCCAUCUUCAGUAUGGCCUUAUCAUGUCAAAUGCAACUUUUCGAGGUCUUUGAGAGCAUAAAUAAUCAAAGUUUGGAUAAGUUAAAUGGCAUUGUUCGUAAUGCCACUUGGAUCUGCACUCUGGUCUAUAUAGCUGUUGGUUUCUUUGGCUAUGUUGCCUUUUGUACUUAUAAUUUUUCGGGUAACAUUUUAGUCAAUCUCUCGCCUUCGUUUGGCAGUGAUAUAAUUAAAAUUGGUUUUGUUUUAUCGAUAGCUUUUAGUUUUCCAUUAGUUAUAUUUCCAUGCAGAGCGAGUAUAUACUCCCUGCUAUAUCGUAAGGGUCAUACCGAAUCGAGUAGCUAUAUACCGGAGCAAAGAUUUCGUUUUAUAACCAUUUUUAUAGUAGGCUUCUCGCUAUGUGUGGCCCUGGUUAUUCCUUCCGUAGAGUUAAUCAUUGGCUUGGUGGGUUCCACCAUAGGUGUAGCCAUUUGUAUUAUGUUUCCAGCUUCUAGUUUCCGUAAGAUUAUCAAGAAGGAUUCAUCCGAAAGAACGUUGGCUCAGUUUGUAUUUGUCAGUGGCUUUUGUUUAAUGGUUCUGGGCACCUAUGCCAAUUUGAAUGCCAUCGAUGAAAAGAGUUCGGGUCCAGAAUUCGAUGUUGGACAAAUUGUUACACCUCUGACGGUGAUUAAAGCAGAAUUACCCAAACAUUUAGCUAAAGAUGUAGAUCAAAUAAAUAAUCCUAAUCCUGUAGAUCCAAUUGUGGAUGUAAAGACAUUGGAGGAUAAUAUAAAAAUAAUUAAAGAACAUGAGGAGAAGCCUCUGGCAAAGGUUUCUUCAGAAAGCCCACCUUUGCCACCACUGCCAGAAGAUGAGACACAUGGCCAAGAUUCAGAGAUUGUAGAUAAAAAAGUUGAGAAAGUCGAAGAGGAAUCUUUAAUUAAAUUAAGCCAAAUUAAAGCAAAGCCAGCAGAGAUUCCUACAGAAAAACAGGCACCAGAAAAUAUUGACAAGGCCGCCAUUAAAAAGGAAGAGGAAAUCACUGCCGAGGAGCAAAAAGAAAGCAAAGCUCGAGCGGAUGAAUUGGAUAAAACCAAAAAAGAACUUAAAAAGACCAAGGAACUGCUGGAGCGUACUGUGGAUGAACUCAAUGAUGAGUUGGCUAAACAAAAACAAGUACAACCUGCACCUGAACCUGAAAUGAAACCCGAGCCCCAAGCAAAACCGAAAUCAGCCUCAUUGAUUGAAAUUCUAACAGAAAACGCUCAUGCCAGAGAGGAGAAGGAAGCUCAUGACAAGGUCUUUGAGCCCUUGUCAUAUAAACAGGGAGAACUGAUGAAAAAUGCCAGUGCCAAAAUUAAGAUAGGACCAGCAGCAGCAUCACCAGCAUCACCUCCAGAAUUGGUCAAAAGAUUGCCUCUGCCGCUGGCAUUGCUCGUUAAUGUAACACACAGCCAGCCGCUAGUUGCCAACGCUUCUCUGAAUGGGGAAAAUGUCGAGGCUAUUCGACGAGAAUUAUUGCAUUUAAAAAUUGAAAAGGAGAUGACCACAUUGACGCCCUCUCAUCAUGCGGAGCGCAUUAAACGUGAGGCCAGUGAACAGAAGCAAGAGAAUUGUCUUCCCGAACCCAAAUUAAAGGAAAUAAAUGCCGGCCCAGCCGCCUUAAGUUUGCAUAUUGAAAAUAUUGGCAGAGAUCUGAAAUCUCUGGAUGAACAUGACGAGGAUGUUACCACAUCCAUUGCUCCAAUUGUAAAUACAACCAGUAUACCACCAAGAUGACCUAUAUGAAAAGAAAAAGAAGAAUUAUACGUAUACCAAAAUAUAUAU